GGGACUCUAGUGAACCGUAGAAAAACCUCUUGCUGUUAGAGAUGUUCGGUACUGACUGCUGGUACUAGACUUGUACGGUCCGGUUUCUAAAUUGAACUUGAAUCCGUUUAUGUUUAUGUUUGUUUCCGUAUUGUAAUACUGUUCGUUGGAGAUGAUAUUCAAGCGGUAGUCGAUGAAAAUGGACCAGACAUUACGUGCCCACCUGGCGAGCAGAAAAAAAUUCGACGAUGAAGGUAUUCCCACGGCAACUUCGGAAGCGCAGAAGGAAGUCGAGAAGAUCGUGGAAGACGUGUACCUGGAAUACAGCUUGUCCAAAGAGGCCGUCGUCAACCCGAAUUUCCCCGAGUUGAGGAAAGAACAGCAUAUAAGCUACCUGGAAAAAACGCUGUCGAGUUUGAGCUCCUAUUUUGAAAAACUUGAUGUUAGUAGGGCAUGGUUCUGUUACUGGACUUUGCACCCACUAGCUCUACUUCAUCACGAGGUGGAUAGGUCUAAGAAAAAGGCUGUAAUACAUUUUCUAAAAUUAUGCCAGGCACCGGAUGGCGGUUUUGGAGGUGGACCGAUGCAGUACCCACAUCUAGCCACUACUUACGCCUCGGUCAACGCCCUCGUCAUAUUAGGCACGACUGAGGCUUAUAAAGCCGUUGAUAGGGCUGCUUUGACUAAGUUUCUCUGGUCUCUCCGAGUAGGAGAUGGAUCUUUUUACAUGCACGAAGGUGGCGAGAUCGAUGUAAGGAGUGUCUACUGUGCGCUCACUGUAGCUAAGAUACUUAACAUUUACAGUGAUAAACUCUUUGAAAAUACGGUUGAUUGGCUUGUGCGGUGUCAGAGUUAUGAAGGAGGAUUCUCAGGUGAACCUGGCAUGGAAGCACAUGGCGGUUACACUUUUUGUGCAGUAGCGGCAUUGGUUCUUCUCAACAGUUAUCACCGAUGCGACAUCCAGUCAUUGCUACGCUGGACUGUAAACCGGCAGAUACCGUUCGAAGGCGGUUUCCAAGGUAGGACGAACAAACUUGUCGACAGCUGUUAUUCCUUCUGGCAAGGUGCUUCUCUUGCAAUGGCAAACAUGGCCUUGCUCACUGAAGAGGGUAUUGACCGUCCUAAAUGUGACUCAUGGCUUUUUGACAAUCGUCUGCUCCAGGAAUACGUUUUGAUCUGUUGCCAGCAUGCUCAAGGAGGAUUUCAUGAUAAGCCUCACGUGAACCGUGAUGCAUAUCACACUUGCUAUGCAAUGAGUGGUGUCUCAAUCGCCCAGAACGUCCCACGAGGGAAGGGAGAAGACAUCAGUGGUGGUGACAAUAUCUUGGAUCGGGUCCAUCCUGCUUAUAAUUUACCUAUGGAUAAAUUAGCCGAUGCCUUUAAUUAUUUUUAUAACACUUUUGUAGAAGAACCAUCGUAAAGUUUAACCUCUCAUUUGUAUGAAUAGUUUUUCCAAUAUCUUUUAUUAAAAUAAAAAAUGAAAUUUUACAUGAGUGUUUUAUCAACACUGUCCAUAAUAUAAGAAGUAAUUUCAACUUAUCUUGAUCUCCAUAUCAUUCAAUUUGUGAUAAAUGAAUCAUUAUUCAAAUUAAAUUAUUAAUUAAAAUACAAUUUGAUAGACUUUUUGAUUUCUUAUAAUUAAACAAAAGAUAAAAACAUCAACAACAGUUUAGUGUACAUUAAAGUGAAAAUGUCAUUUUGUGACAAUACAAGGAAGAAUAAAGUUUUUGAUGUUGUCCAUUAUAUUUGGAACAGCACUAUAAUAA